UUCCUUUUUCUCCCCUGCCCUUUCUUUCUUGUUUCUUGUUUCUUUUCGUCCCAGCCGAGAGAAAGAGAGGCCGAGAGAGAUGGAGAGACCGGAGAUCCAGACCGAGUGACAGAGAGACCGAGAGAGAGGGAGAUCGGAGAGAGAGAGACCGAGAGAGAGAUGGAGAGUACAUGGUUGAGACGACGUCGCCGGAGGCCGGUGGGUCACGGCCAGACGCCGGUGAAGAAAGGGAGUUUGAAAAUCCGGCGUUUUCUCGGUCAAUAAUUUAUGCGGCGUGUUUAGAAGGGUCGGACCCAAUUCGGCUGUUUGAGAAGCGACUGAAUGUGCGCCGAGAACCCGGGUAUGAAUUUGAUAAAGCUUCGUUAUCAUACAACCACAUGAGCUCUGGAGAGCCACCUGUCACGGUGGACACAAUUGAAGAAGCAGACCAGCUUCUGCGUGACAAUGAAAAGGAAUCUGCAAUCGGUAAUCCUGUAAAAGUUUUUCUUUUUUUGUUACUUAAUUUUACAUGGCCUUCGGCCCUUCGCUAAUGCUUAAAUUUUGGCUAGAAUGAAGAUUGGGUUUGAGUGCUAAUUCAGUGAAUUAAUAAUAUUUUUUAUGUCUUUCUGUCAUGCUAUCCAGCUUAAAAACUUCAAGAACCAUGUAGUCUCUUUCAUAGCAUAAACUUUAGAGGACCUUUUCACACUGCUGGUGGAUUUUAGAACUGUCUAGGACUCUGUAUCUGUUUGACUAAAUUAAUUGAUGGUUGUGCCGGAAUCAGUGUUGACUCAAUCAAUAAGUUGUAUCAACUCCAAGGCAGAUCAAAUAGAAUG